GCGGUUGUGGUUCAAUGUAUGCAAUAGAAAUUUCUUCUUCGGUGUUUAAAGGCUUACCAAUGAUAAAACAACAUAGAAUGGUAAAUGAAUUAUUAGAAGAUGAUAUUAAAAAAAUGCAUGGAAUUAGG